AUGCGCGGAUGUGCAGCUGAUAUCGCCCACCCUUCAUCAGCGACGCCCAUCCUGGCCACGCCUCGACGCAACAUAUUACCAACCCACCUCGCUGUCACCUGCAGCUUCUUGCAUGGCCUCCAUCCACCGACCCGUCGCUUCCCAUCCCGCCAUCCUCUCCGCUCCGCAUUCCUCUCAUUGCACCCACCUGCAGCACCACGCAUACAGUCCACAUCCGCACUUUUUUGGCAAGCGUCUCCACCACACCGCGCGCCAUCGCCAAGCCAAAAAGCUUGGGAGCUAUCGUAUCAUAGAGCGGUUCAUCCGACACGUCUUGGCCUUCUCAACAGUCUCUGGGCUAAGCACGUCAAUCGACCACGCAUCGCAAGAUUGGCAUCUCGUUUGCUGCGACUGUCGCCCGUCCAAAGUUGCGCAGAUUGCAUCAAUUCGGGCCCGCCUGCACAGCUGCGCACCACUCGGCCGUCGUGCAGACGCAUCGGUUGCUGCACAUCGUUCUCAGCUACUAUUCCUCUGCAGCUCCUCGCUUUGCUGCCCGCUGCGCCUCUGUCCCCACCGCCGCACGCACUCGUCGCGCCUCCUCGCCUCAUCACCUCCUCCCCUAUCCAUCUAGAUCCUCCUCCCUCGUCGCUGUACAAGCCUCGCUUCGGCGCUACCGCAGCUCUAAAUCAAAGACAAGACCCUGUCUCAGGAAGAUUGGCUUCACUCCACCAACCCUUGCCACCACCUCGGCUUCCGUUCCUGGCUCGUCCCUUCCGUCUCCCAACCGUUGCGUCAGGUCCUCGCCUGCCUUCAUCCGCACAGCCUUCGAGCCUCUUUUGCUUCUACGCACGGAUCCAUUUGCACGGCCCGCCUCAUCCAAUACACCUUCGACGUGCCUCGGACCUUCAACACGCAUCACCACCCGCCUCUAGACCUUCGCAUCUGGCGCUGGCGCUGGCCAUUGGAUCUUUCUUCCCUCUUCUUCCCCCCGCGCGCCACUCGCCAUACCCGGCAUCCUCCCGAUCCGUCAAUCUCAACUCGCUACGCACCCGCGCUCGCCAUCUUGCUCCCGCUUCCGGACAAAGUGUAGAUCAUCCUUCGAUACGCCACCCACCCCCGGACCCUUUCUUCGCAAGCGCUUCCAACUGUUCCUUCACGGACCCUGUCGAUCCCUGCAGCUUGCCUCGUGCUAAGCGCACCCUGCCCCCCUCCCAUUGCUUCUGGAGUCCACCCAGAUCUCCCCACCUCAGCUUCGCCUGUCUUCGCCAUCUCCUUUGCGCUUCGCCAUCAUCCGAUACGCCUCCAUCACUUGGUCAACCCACACCAAAGCGAAAGCUUGACGUCGAAGCCAGCGCAGCAACCAACCUUCUUUCAGCCACAGGCGUAGCGAUUCCAGCGCCCAUCCUUUGCCAACAAUAG